CUAUAAUCGUUUUCUGCUCCUGGGUGUUACUGGGUACUUUGCGUUAUUGGUAUAGACAUUCUGUCAAUGGUAACUUCACCUUGGAACAGAUUCCUGCAAAACAGCUUCAAUGGAAAAUGUUAUGUCACUGUAAUUCAUCACUUUCUUAGUUGCUCUUGCUUUGUCCAGAAUCAGUUGCUGGGAAUUUUAAAUUCCCUGGUUAAACUGGAAAAAUGCAAAGUGCUUUUCGUUUCUUUAUCCACAGAGUGCUGAGAAUCAGACGUGUAACUUUUUUGUCUACAUCCUGUCUUUAUGCUUUUGGCGUAUGGUAUUGUUUUCUUCAAACAAAACCCAUAAAUCUUUUGAAGAUUUAGCUGGAAAUCAUUAGAUUAUGUAGCUUGGAGAGAUCAGUAUUAAGAGGUUAUAUUCAUUUCUGAGGAUGGUCUGGUCUGGCAAGCAUUUUUCUUGGCUGACAGUUGACCACUUUUUUAGAUUCUCUCAGGGAAUCUUUUGGGAUUUGUCAUGCCGAAUGGAGAGAUACAGGCAUGAACAUUGUUGGCCGGUUAACAAAAACCAGAGAUAACUAUAUCUGUCCACUUCAAUAACGACAGCAUUUGUUUUGCCCUUCUGCAACUGCUCUUUUUACUCGCUUAGCUGGAAUUUCAAUAAAGAGAAGCAUUAUUGUUCAAUCAGACAUUUUUGAUGCAAAACUCCCAAAUGAGUAGCUUUUUCUAGUACCCAUCCAGCUCACUGAUAUACAUAGUUUGAAUUACCAGAAAGUAACAUAGAAAUUUGUGCUAAUGAGUACCCUACCUCUUGUCACCAUGCAGAUAAGUACCUCUAUUACCAUUUAUUUACUCUUGCUGAAGCUUCCUAUCUUCCAUUCCAACAAGACUGUUCAUUUUCUUAUGAAUGUCCUUUAUUCAUCUGGUUACUUUUGAUUGAAGGUUUAUCUGUCUUUUUCUACAAUUUUGUGAUAAGAAAAAGCUCCUUUUCUGAGGGUUGUUGCAUGGUUACUCAGGCACUCCUGUUAUAUCCAGAAAUGUUUUACUAAUAUGAACCUGUUGCUAAAGUUUUGUUCUCAAUGAUGUAACUCUAAAUCCUCAACUGAUAGAAGAAGUGACAAUAGGUUUAUAUAUUUCAAGGGUUGAGGGAUUGCUUCUAAGAAUUUGAUGUGAUUUGGUUAGGGUAGCCAGAAAAUGUUUGGUGACUGUUGACAAUGCUCUUGUUCUGGUGGCAGCGGCUGCCACUGCUUUUACUGGUUCAACUUUUGGAACCCAACUAUCUAAGUUACAAGCUCCACACUGACGGUUUACUCAUUUGCAAGAGCACAGCUCCUAGUCCUCAACAAACCAGUAGUAGAUUUGGGAGGUUUCCCUGCCUGAGGACAUGGGCGUAUGUCAAUUGUUAUCAACCAGAAGAUGUGAAUGUUGUUUCCCUGAUUCCUGGAAUCUCUUACAUCUCUCUUCCAAGUAGAUUAAUUCAGUUCUUCUCUUUUGCUCCAAAUUUCAUCCCCUCGAACUCUCCAAUUCAAUCCCAAGAGAAGCUCUCUAAAUCAAGAAACAGAAGGAUUGCAGCUUCAGUUGGUGGGGAAAAUGGUGUUCCAACACUCACACCUUUGCAAGCAGGUGAUAAGAAACCAAGAAAACAGACAAUUGCUGCCAUAAUUGGUGGUGCUAGUGCAGCUCUGCUUGUGGUGAUCAUUCUGGUGCUUGUGUAUAUCUGCUUGAUGCGUGUUAAAAGACUCAUGAGGAGAACAUCUGAGACAGCAUCUUCCAUGCCAUCUCCUACUGUUGAGUUGGGAAGAGUUAACACUUCGCACUAUGCUGAUGCUCCAUCUCCUCAAAAUUUAAGGCAACUAACAAUGUCAGAGCUGGAACAUGCUACUCAGAACUUCAGUCAAAGUAAUAUCAUUGGUGAAGGUCGAUUUGGUUUAGUCUAUAAAGGACUACUUCAAGAUGGAGCUAUUGUUGCCAUCAAAAGAUGCCUAAACACCCGGCAUCAUUGUUUUCUUCAUGAGGUAAAGCAAAUAGCUCAAGUAAACCACAAGCAUCUUGUCAAGCUUGUUGGUUACUGUGGUAAUAGCCACCAGCAGUUUCUUGUCUAUGAUUAUAUCCCUAAUGGAAAUGUUGGAAAUCACCUAUAUGAUAGUGAAGGUUCACCUACUGGAAAACUAAACAUGAGGCAGAGGUUAUUAAUUGCUCUAGGUGCAGCCAAAGGACUUGAAUAUCUUCACAGUUUGGCUCCUCCUCUCCUGCACAUGCAUUUCAAAAGUAGCAAUGUUCUUCUAGAUGAAAACAUUACAGCCAAGGUUUCUAAUUAUGGGUUGUCCAAGUUGGUAUCGGAGGAUCGUCUCCACGCAUCAUCUUCAGCCAUUGACUGCUUUCUUGACCCAGAGUUGUAUUCAUCAAAGAAAUUUUCAGUGCAAAGCGAUGUUUACAGCUUUGGGGUCUUCUUGCUGGAGUUGGCUAGUGGACGCGAAGCACAUUGCAGAGAUCAGUCAAACCCAGAACCAAGUUUGAUAAUGCAGGCCAUGGAGAACAACAAUCUUGUCGAGUUUGUUGAUGAGACCUUAGGGGACAAAUCAAUGAGCGGUGCAAAACAGGUGGUGGAGUUGGCAUUACAGUGCUUGGAUAUUAGUCCUAGAAGACCAUCCAUGAAAAGAAUCGUCCAAGACCUAGAACGGAUUCAGGAGAAAGAGAUUGGUCGUUUGCAUUUGGAAUUGGGAGAGGAGAUUGGUGCAGUAACACUGGGGAGCGAGCUCUUCAAAUGAGCUCUGUCUGUCUGUCUGUCAUCAUUCUUUUAUUGAAUUCAUUUGAUUGUAAUUAGGAGACACUCACGAGCAAAUUCAUUUUUGUAAAACAACUGUUCUAAAGAAAUUUAAUCAAAUCAAAGCAGGUAUACAUUUUUAUCUUCUAUUUUCA